AUGUUAACUGUCUAUUUGACUCAUACAAUAGGUAUAAUACAUAUAAUACGUUUUAUAUGUAUAAUUAUUUUAUUAACAUUUGCUGAAAUAAAAAUAUCAUCAUGUGAAACAUAUUUAAAUGAAUUUCUUGGUUUUAAUCAUCAAUCAAUAUAUUUUUAUUAUAUAUUAAUUUGGAUUUCAUUUACAUUUGAAAUAUAUUUUUUUAUUAAUCGUUUAUUUGCUUCUAUAACAAUAAAAGCUAAAAAAUCGACUAAAAUCUUAUAUUUAUUAUUAUGUUUAUGUUAUAUUCUUGCAUCAUGUUUUACAUUAUAUGCAUUGAUUAAUUCAUCAAAUGGUCAUGUUAUAACUCAAAAUGAUUUUUCUAAUCCACCACAAACAAUUCUUAUUUUACCACCUAAUUGUAAUUUAUUUCGUUUAAUUGGAAUUCUAUUUGGUUUUCUAAUUAGUUUUCUCUAUUUCUUUGCUAUUAUCUUAAUUCAUCGUUUAAAAGAUUAA